UACCCCUUCAGUGGUUUUUACUUGCCUCCACUAAGGAAAAAGGCUCCUGGUGGUUAGUGUUGUGGAUCUCAGGACAGGGGUGGGGGUAUUUAUGAUCUAAUUUGAGGGAGUUGAAAGUGGAUUCUUUUUGUUUGAGAUGGGGCUCUUCAGGGUGCUGGUGGUUCUUGUUUUCUCUGCGCUGAUUCGGGGAAUUUUAUCGAAUACUGAUGAUGGUGAUGUGGCAGUCUUGAGAUCAUUGAAGGAUCAGUGGCAAAAUACUCCACCAAGCUGGGGGAAGUCGAACGAUCCUUGUGGUAAAGCGUGGGAAGGAGUCACUUGUGAGAAGUCGAGGGUGACUGCGCUGAGCUUAUCAACUAUGGGACUUGUGGGUAAAUUGAGUGGCGACAUUGGGGGACUCAGCGAAUUGAAAUCCUUGGAUCUGUCAUUCAACAAAGGUCUAACAGGUUCCCUUUCUCCGGGUCUAGGCAAUUUGAAAAAUCUCAACACAUUAAUUCUUGCCGGAUGUGGUUUCACUGGCACUAUUCCGACUGAACUGGGAAAUCUACCAGAGCUAUCCUUUUUAGCACUGAAUUCAAACAACUUCACUGGAGGUAUUCCUCGUUCUUUGGGUAAUCUGUCGAAUCUCUACUGGUUAGACAUGGCAGAUAAUCAGUUGAGUGGAUCUAUCCCUAUUUCAUCAAUUACUGCCCCGGGCUUGAACUCUCUUAAAAAGGCAAAGCACUUCCAUUUCAACAAGAAUCAGCUUACAGGUUCAAUACCUAAAGAACUUUUCAGCUCAGACAUGGUACUUAUACACGUGCUAUUUGAUGGAAACCAGUUAAGUGGGAGCAUUCCUAGUACAAUUGGAGACGUUCAGACACUGGAAGUUCUUCGGCUAGAUAGAAAUGGUCUAACAGGCAGAGUCCCGCCAGGCCUCAACAAUCUCAUCAGCGUUGUUGAACUUAAUUUGGCACACAACAAACUUACUGGCCCAAUACCGGACUUGACUGGAAUGAAUUCCCUCAAUUAUGUGGACUUGAGUAACAAUUCCUUUACUCCAUCAGAAGCUCCUUCAUGGUUCUCAACCCUGUCAUCACUUACGACUCUGGUGUUUGAAUAUGGUUCACUUGAAGGGCUAGUGCCACAAGACCUUUUUGGUCUUAACCAGAUUCAACAAGUGAAACUGAGGAAUAAUGCAUUUGACAAUACAUUAAACAUGAGUAUCAGCAUCAGCCAGCAGCUGCAGCUCAUUGAUUUGCAGGACAACAACAUAUCCUUUGUAACACUAGGUUCUGGAUAUAAAAAUACAUUGAUGUUGAUAGGAAAUCCUGUAUGCAACAACGGUCUUGCAAAUAUGGACUUCUGUAAGCUUCAACAACAAACAUCACAGUCGUACUCAACUAGCGUAGCUAAUUGUGCAAAAAAAUCUUGUGCUUCUGGUCAGAAGCUCAACCCUCAGAGCUGUGAAUGUGCAUAUCCAUACGAAGGGAUAUUAUACUUCAGAGGCCCUUCCUUCAGAGAGUUGUCUAAUGCUACGAUUUUCCAUUCUUUAGAAAUGAGCCUAUGGGUUAAGUUGGAAUUGACUCCAGGGUCAGUUGCCCUGGAUAAUCCAUACUUCAAUAGCGACGACUAUCUGCAAGUGCAGAUGGGUCUGUUUCCAUCAGAUGGAAAACAUUUUAGUAGGACUGAGAUUCAGAGGUUGGGUUUUGCUUUUAGCAAUCAGACUUACAAGCCUCCUAACGAAUUCGGUCCUUAUUAUUUUAUAGCAUUUCCAUAUUUAUUCCGAGGUGAAGGUGGGCCAUCUAUUAGCUCAAGUGUUCUUGCAGCAAUAAUAAGUUUAGCUGUUAUUAUGGUCCUGGUGCUUGUUGGGCUAGGAUUAUAUGCUGUUCGGCAAAAGAAGCUUGCAGAGAGAGCCAUUGGAUUAAGCAAACCAUUUGCAUCUUGGGCUCCAAGCGGAAAAGACAGUGGAGGUGCACCACAACUAAAGGGAGCUAGAUGGUUCUCCUAUGAUGAGCUCAAGAAAUGCACAAACAACUUCUCUGAUACUAAUGAGAUUGGAUCCGGUGGCUAUGGCAAGGUCUAUAGAGGAAUCCUCCCCAAUGGGCAAAUAACCGCAAUUAAAAGAGCUCAACAAGGUUCAAUGCAAGGCGGACUAGAGUUUAAGACUGAAAUUGAAUUGCUUUCACGUGUUCAUCAUAAGAACCUUGUUGGCCUUGUGGGAUUCUGUUUUGAACAAGGAGAGCAGAUGCUGGUUUAUGAAUACAUGCCCAAUGGAACUCUUAGGGAAAGCUUGUCAGGGAAGUCUGGCAUUCAUCUAGACUGGAAGAGGAGGCUUCGAAUUGCUCUGGGUUCAGCAAGAGGAUUAGCCUAUCUACAUGAUCUUGCAAACCCUCCUAUAAUUCACAGAGAUGUGAAAUCCACGAAUAUAUUGUUGGAUGAAAAUCUAACAGCAAAAGUUGCAGACUUUGGCUUGUCUAAGCUAGUUUCAGACAGUGAAAAGGGGCAUGUUUCUACUCAAGUUAAAGGCACAUUAGGCUAUCUAGACCCUGAAUACUACAUGAGUCAACAACUAACUGAGAAGAGCGACGUAUAUAGCUUUGGCGUGGUAAUGCUUGAGCUACUAAGCGCUAGGCAACCAAUUGAGAAAGGAAAGUACAUUGUCCGCGAGGUCAUAAUCAUGCUAGACAAAAGUGAAGAAGAGAAUUACGGCCUAAAGGAGUUAAUGGAUCCGUCUCUCAAAACGCUCACCAAUCUUGCAGGCUUCGAAAGGUACUUAGACUUGGCACUGCAAUGUGUCAAAGAGUCAGCUGCAGAUCGUCCAACAAUGAACGAAGUGGUCAAGACACUAGAAACCAUACUAAUGAAUGAUGGACUGAACACGAAUUCUACGACUUCUGCAUCUUCAUCUGCGACGGAUUUUGGACACACAAACGGAGGUCCUCCAGCACAUCCCUAUGAUGCUAAUGCAUUCACCAGAAAAGAUGUGAAUGAUAGCGACGCGUUUCAGUACAGUGGCGGGUUUAAUAUAUCAGCAAAAUUGGAACCUAAAUAAAGGAUGUAGAUACUGCUAUUAAGUAGUACAAUUGUUUGUGUGUUUACAUUGUUACAUUCUGGGAAGCCUCUUCAGUAAUUUUGUAACUAGUAUGACCAAAUUUGUUUAUCUGUUUUUUUAAGGCUCAGCUCUAAUACAUUGUUUCAACGAACUUUA